AUGCAGAUCCAGACUCUCGAGCUUGAUUAUCACGAGUGCCCCACACCAGCCUCAUCACAUCACCUAUCAGAAGCACUGUGUUCUAUGCCAAACUUGACUAACUUGACACUCGAAGGAGGAGAUUUAGGGGAGGAGUUCCACUCUACAUUGAAAGCAAAGGCAUCAUCAAUACAGAUCCAGACUCUCGAGCUUGAUUAUCACGAGUGCCCCACACCAGCCUCAUCACAUCACCUAUCAGAAGCACUGUGUUCUAUGCCAAACUUGACUAACUUGACACUCGAAGGAGGAGAUUUAGGGGAGGAGUUCUACUCUACAUGGAAAGCAAAGGCAUCAUCAAUACAGGUAUGUGUGUACUAAUGUAACUGCAUGGUGACGGUCAUUGGAAGA